UCAUUUGGGAUUCAGCUCCAGUUUUUCGGCUGACUGUCCGAUGUGAAUUGUGUUAAUUCUGACAUUUAACUCCGGAAACACAAAUGUAAAAAACGCUAAAAGCCUCCACAGGGCGAACAUUAAGCUCGGCGCUACUUUAGCUGUCAGACGGCGUGUGUGCUGCAGGUGUGAGAGAGCAGCCAUGUCUCGGGUGGUAAAAAAGCGGCAGGCCGACCCCAAAGUGGUGCAAUACGUGUGGUCAGCCAUCAAAGUGAUCCGCAGUCAGAAACAGAUUGCUAACAUGGAUCGAAUCUCAAAGUAUUUGAGCCGUGUGUACGGGAUGCACCCCAAAGAGACAUCCAGGCAGCUGGUCUUAGCGGUGAAGGACGGCCUCGUGGUGGAGACGCUCACUGUGGGCUGUAAGGGCUCUAAAGCUGGAGUGGAGCAGGAAGGCUACUGGCUGCCUGGAGACGAGAUGGAGCAGAUGUCUGAGGGAAAUAAGGACUGGGAGAAAGAGAGUCAUGACUGGUAUUGUUUCGAGUGUCAUCUCCCUGGAGAUGUGCUGGAGUGCGACAUCUGCUUUCGUGUCUAUCACCUCCGCUGUCUCACUGACGAGUUUCGGCCCAGAGACACUACAUCUCACUGGCAAUGUGCUGUUUGCCGGGGCAGUAAAAGGAGGAACUUUACUAAACAAGAAAUGAUCAUAUAUCUGAGGUUCAUCCUUGCACGUAUGAAAGAAAGGGCCAUCGACUUGCACAAAAGAGGCAAAGAGACAAAGCAGGCCGUGUACCGGAGGCUGAUCCACACAGCGUUGGAUGUGGAUAACAUUCAGGAGAACAUUUCUGAGGGCAAGUACAAAAACUUUGAGGAGUUUAAAGCAGACGCUCAGCUGAUUGUCCACAACACAGCGAUUCUGCAUGGAGCACGUAGUGAUCAGACUGAAAUCGCCAGACUUCUUUACAACGACACAUGCCAUGAGUUAAAUGAGUUGAUGCUGUGCAGAAACUGUUUCCAUCUAUCUAACGCUCGGCCUGAUAACUGGUUCUGUUAUCCCUGUGUUCCCAGUCAUGAGCUUGUGUGGGCUAGAAUGAAGGGUUUUGGUUACUGGCCUGCUAAAGUGAUGCAGCGAGAAGGGAACCAGGUUGAUGUUCGCUUCUUUGGUCAUCAGCACCAGAGAGCCUGGAUCCCUUCAGACAACAUCCAGGAGAUUUCAGUGAAUGUACAGCAGCUUCAGGUGAAGCGCAGUAGUGGUUGGAAGAAGGCAUGUGAGGAACUCGAGCUGCACCAGCGCUUCCUCCGUGAGGGACGAACAUGGAAGGGCCACACAGAUGAGCGGCAAGAUGAGGCGGAGUCCAGCAUCUCCUCCACCAGCAACGAGCAGUCAAAGAGCAGUCAGGAGCCGAAAAGUAAAAAGAGCCGCCGUUCACAACCACAAGAAUCCAAAGAGGAGCAGGAGCCUGAGCCUGAGGUGGAAGCAGUGAGUUCGAGUCAGGAGAUUCCCACUGCAACUCCUCACCAGCCUGAGCGCACGUCUGUCUCGACGCAAACCAAAAAGUCUCCUUCAUCAUCAUCCUCUCCCGCUCCCCGCAUGUUGCACCGCGCCACACAGACGCUUAAUGAGGGCAGCUGUCAAAACAUGUGCCAUGACAAGUACACUAAAAUCUUUAGUGAUGUCAAGGAGAUGAUGAAGGCUGAAAACAAGCGUGAGACCGAGCGAGUGCUGAAGGAGGCACUGGACAAGUUGAGGGUGGAGAUGGAGGAGGAAAAAAGGCAGGCAGUGAGUAAAGCAUUGACGAACACACAGACAGAGAUGGAGCGCAAAUGUAAGCAGGUGAAGGAGAAGUGUAAAGAGGAGCUGAUGGAGGAGAUGAAGAAGCUGGUAAACCAACAUAAGCAGGUCAUCUCUCAGACCAAGAAAAAGCAGUGGUGUUAUAACUGUGAGGAAGAGGCGAUGUACCACUGCUGCUGGAACACAUCGUAUUGCUCCAUCAAGUGUCAGCAGGAACACUGGCACGCGGAUCACAAACGAACCUGUCGCAGGAAGAGAUGAGCUGCAGCCAAUCACAACGCCCCCUUUUAGCUCCACUCAUCUACAUGCCACGUUGUUGGAAGAUUUCCGGUCAACCCAAGUUUUAAACACUUGACUAUUUUCUCAGUGAACCUGAGGCGUAAGAUGGCGAGAAACAUUUUUACCUUUUUAUUUUAUUAUAUUUUAUGUAAAUCCUUUAUUUGCUGUAAAAUGAAAAGAGCCUUGCUUGCCUACAAACUAACUUAAAUGUGAAGUAAUAACCUUUUUAAAUGCGUGAUUCUGAAUCACUUGCUGUGUAGAUAUUUGACUUUUCUAUAUGCGGACGGUGUUUUGCCUCCUGUGUUGAUGGGCAUCAGUGUUUACUGAGUUUAUUUUUAGGGAUUUUGUUGGUUGUGAUGCAUCACGUUUUGGGAACAGGGUUGAAGAUGGCAGGUUAUGUCUGUCGGGAAAAAAUACAAUCUUCCAUUUAUGAAUAUGCACAUUUUAUGUUACACAUUAAUAUAGAAAAAUUAACUUCUAAUGAGACCAGAUUAUAUAUAUGUGCUAAUUUUGGGCUCAUGCUUCAUAAAUAAAAUGUUCAUUUGAACCUUUGUGAAAUGUUAGUGUGAGAAACACAUCCUGAUCUUCACAUUUCUGUGUUUCACACUUCACUGCAUCCUGAUGUUACCUACAUUAGUUACAGAUGGAAAGGAAUUUCGAAUUUCCACAUUUCAGCAUGAGUUUCAUUUGCAAAGGUUCAGAAGUGAGCUGAACCAAAUCAGCAUAAAUUCUACAUUUAACAUGGUAUUGAAUCAAAACUGUUAACAUCCACUUUAUUUCUGUAAGAGAAAAUAAUAGUCAGCUUAUUCAAGUGCUGAGGUUGAGAGGCUGAUGUAGAAUCAGCUGAAUGAUGGAAAUCUGAGAUCAAUUAUUCAUCUUUAGUUUAUAACUCAUGUGUUUAAUGCAUUUGAGACUUUUCUGCUCUUCCUCUCUGUUCUUCACUGUUGCACUACGUGUAAAUAAACAUCUGCCGCUAAACGUGACUGUUUUAAGAUUUGCACGUCAGCAGCAUUAUGUACAUUUCAUGAAUGCAUUAACUGUAUUUGAUUUAGUCAAAAAUUUAACAAAGAAUUAUUUGUAAUUCUGGGAAAAUAUCUCAUUCCAGUGCGCAUGAAAUCUUGCUUGUGUUACUCUCUGCUUCUCGUUUUUCUCUUCACUGCUGAAUUUCUGCAGUGAAUUUGACAUUUUUUCUCUUUUUUGGUUUUAAAUAAAUCUUGACUUCAUUUUGUAAUUGCAGAUUUUUUUUGUAUUGUGGGCGACAUAAUGAUUACUGAAAGUACGACCGAGUCCGAGCCUGGUGUUUCCUUUCAGUUGUGCGUUUGGAGUCAUGUGGUGUAAAAGUCUUGCCCCUUCCUGUGUGUGUGUCUGUAUUAAGACAUUACACUCUGUAACAGUAACUCUGUAUAAUAAACAAUAAACAUAUCAAACACCUUUAAA